CGUAACAGCAGGCCGGCACGGACGUGUGACGUUUUUCGUUGCCUGUAGCAAACGUUCCAACUCCCAGCGGGCACCAGCUCUCUUUACAAGAUUGUUCUGUCUCCGAAAAAGACACACACUUCACGUCGAGACAUGCAUCCAGCAAGUGCCAAGUGGUACGACCGGAGGGACUCUGUUUUUAUAGAGUUCUGCGUCGUGGACAGCAAAGAUGUAAACAUCAGUUUUGAUAAAAACAAGUUUAUUUUCAGUUGUGUUGGAGGAACUGACAAUGUCAGACACGAGAACGAAAUAGAACUCUUUGAAGCCAUUGAUGAAAAUGAAUCCAAACACAAGCGCACAGAUAGAUCAGUGAUGUGCGAUUUAAGGAAAGCACAGCCAGGGAAGUCAUGGCCAAGGCUUACAAAAGACAAGUCUCAGCCGAGGUGGCUCCAUGUUGACUUCAACAACUGGAAGGAGUGGGAGGAUGACUCAGAAGAGGAAAUGGGCAACUUUGAUCAAUUCUCAGAUAUGAUGAAUAACAUGGGAGGUGGUGAUUUUCAACCAGAUAUAGAUGGUGAUGAAGAUGAUGACACUGCGGACAGUGACGAUGAAAAAAUGCCCGAUUUGGAAUAGACUGACUGCUACUCGGCAAAGAACAGAAGACCAGCGUGUAAAGGAAGCAAAUGAAAUCUACACUGAAGGCAGUGAAAAACUAGUGUACAGCCAGCAGCCAUAUUUAAUUGCGUAACCUCUGCUCCAAGCUCCUGCCCAGUCAGUCUAGUGAAGGUUGAUAUGCAUGGUAUUGUACAGAGCAGCUAUCUCCACUUCCAUUUGUUGUACUGUACCUGUCAGGUAUCUUGCUUUACUGUAAUAUUACCAACGAAGCACAUAUUGAAUGGGAAAGCUUGUCUUCAAUUGAGCAAUAUGUGUUAAAGAGAUUAACAGAAUUGUGGAUUAUUGAAAUUAGGCAUACCCUUUUCCGUUGUUGUGGUUUUAAGUUGGGGAAAAAAAUAAAUAAAUAGCGUAGUUUUGUCAUCAAAAAUUGAGAAUUAGAAGGGGUCCCUCUAAAGCCUUUAGUAGAAGAUAUCCAGUAAGCCGGCCUUUUUGUUUCUAUAGCUUCAAUCUCCAUCUUAGAUGUUUCCCUUUACUGCUUGUUUAAAGUCUAUAUAAUUGGUAUAUUCUGAAAUUGCAGAAAUAUUUGCAUCUGUCCGAUAACAAUCUACUCAAUUACAGUCAAUGGAGUUCAUCCAUUUGAUUAUUACUGUUCACCUCUCCAACAUACCAACAUGCACACUCUGCCUUGCAGGAGCAAGUUAAAAAGAUUUGAAGCAGGCUCGAAUCUUGGUUGGGCUUCAACAUCACAUGACUUCUUCCUCUCCUCCAGACAGGUUCUCUGCUCCCGCCCCCCCCCCAUCCAGAACAGAGCCUCACUUGUGGCAAAGGAGUGUUGGAGAGAUACUGUGAUGUGUAAUGACCAAAUUCUAUUGCAAUUUCAACAAAAUGUAUGUGUGUGUGUGGGGGGGACAUAAUGUUGAAUUACAAUGAACAUUCGUUUUUUAUUGUCAACAUAUUUCUAAUAAACGGUUUAAGAAAUGC